AUGUUCGCUCAACCCUACGACCAUUCGUUCAAUGACUUGUUCAACCAAUACGUCAAUAUGGAGACCGGUGCCGCUGAUGGAAAAGAUUCAGCGUUGUCCGAUUUUGAUCAGCUUUUCCCGCUUGACUCGCUAUCAAGUGACUGUGGCGAUCUUCCACCCACUGUCUCCACUCCCAAAUGCCAUCAAUCACCGCAACCCUGGAAUAAUGAGUGGCCCCUGCAGGAUGACGGAGCCGCUGUCGAUCAUUUUGCUUUCCAUGACACCGUCCAUCCUUCUGCAAUCUCAGACGUCAGUCUGAAUAACUUCGAAAUUUCUUCUCGCCCUACAGCAAUCAACCGUCUGUCCACCUCACCGUCCACUCCCCCAACUACCCCUAGACGGAAGCCCACUCAAAGUGCCCUCAUCACUCCCAAAUCUAUUCGCCAUCGCAGCCCGAAUGAGCGCCGCUCCCAUUUGCGCAAGCAACCUUUCUCCCCCAGCAGCUUAGUGCGCUCUUCCAACCUUUCCAAAGGAAGAAUGGCAUAUCCCGAGGCUUGGGCCCAGCGAAUGCAGAACUUCAACCUUCAGAGUUCCGAAGAUCGUAUGCCGCUGUCGCCCCCUCCAUCAGAUGUCCUUAUUCAGCAUGAAAACAUGUCAACCGAACAAAUCAUGAACCGACCUAGAGACUCAGCAGAGAUGCCUCAGUACGAUGCAAGACUAUAUCAUCAGUCUCCCUCGGUUUCAAUGCCAUCGCCGAAUAUCGCAAUGGCAACACGGCAACAGCAGCACUAUAUGGCACACCCAAGCUCCUCUACCUUGACCAACUCCAGCUCUCCUUCCGCAGAUGAUAUGUUCUCCUCAUCUCACUCAUCUGACCCCCAUUCUCUUUCUUCUUGGCAAUCCGACUCUCUCCAUGCCUCAUCUCUUUCUUUUACUCCAGACCUCCAAGGUCAAGAUUCUCAAUGGUGGUCUCCCAUGCCUUCUCGGGUCGCUCAACAACAGGCCUCUUACCUCACAUCUCCCACGCCUGUCCGCUCCAUGCAAAGCGUUGGAAGCCAAAAUGACAUGAUGCAAGGAGGACUAAUGAUCCAAUUCAACCCCUCCUAUGACAUGUCGACGGACCACUCAUUCUCAUCAUCUAAUCUGCUCCCCGUCACACCUCAAAAAUUCGACACCUCCUUCACCAACUCCCAAAUCCACAACAUCUCCCGUUCACCAUCUCUCUCUCCCAACGCCGGCACAUCACCCAGGGACACCCGCAAUGGAUCCAUCUCUAAGCCUACCCAUCGCCGCACUCACAGUCGCAAGCUCUCCGGCCAGAGCAUGAACACCCCCAAGCCCGCCAAGGCAUCUGGAUCCUCACCCCGAGGCGCAAACAAAUCUGUCAGCGUAUCGUUCGUUAACUUUACCGCUCACGACAGCAAAAAGAUCCUAACCGGAGUUGCUCCCUCCGGCAGCUCCAAGACUAAGGCUCGUCGCGAGCAAGAAGCCCGCGAUAGACGCCGCAAGCUGAGCGAAGCCGCUUUGAGGGCUGUGCGCAGCGCUGGUGGCGACGUUGAAGCUCUUGAAGCUGUUCUCUGUUAA